UCUGCUUUAGGUGCAUAUAAAGUUACUCAAGAUUCCAGUCCUGAAGUAGAAUUAGAUCAUAGCAAUAGUGUAGGUGAUGAACGCGAAGAAAGACAGUGGCAGAGAGAGCAGGCAGAAAUAGCAUGGCAGAGAGAAAGAGAGAAGCGUGAGUGGGAACGCAAAGAGAGACAGUUUAAAUUAAAACAACAGGAGAUAGAGUUACAAAAAUUACAGCUAGAAAGCCAGAAUAAGUCAUCCGAUCAUUCUACCCCUUAUUUUGAUGUAACUAAACACAUUAGGAUGGUUCCACCGUUCCAGGAACGGGAAGUCGAUAAGUACUUUUUACAUUUCGAGAAGGUUGCCAAAAACUGCAACUGGCCGAAGGAAAGUUGGACAAUGCUCUUGCAAAGUGUCCUCCUAGGGAAAGCUCGGGAAAUUUUUUCACAGCUUACGGUAGAAGAUUCCGGAGAGUACGAUACGGUAAAGCGACUAAUUCUGAAGGGGUACGAGUUGGUUCCCGAAGCGUAUCGCCAAAAAUUCCACAUUUUAGGCAAAUCAAGUAAUAAAACCUUUGUGGAAUUUGCGCAAGAAAAGGCUCAGCUUUUCGAUCGCUGGUGCACAUCAGAAAAUGUGGAGAAUAAAUACGAUCGUUUACGCGAGUUGAUUUUGAUUGAGGAAUUUACAAAUUGUCUUAGUAAUGAUGUUAGAACUUUCGUGACUGACAAAAAACCGGAAACACUAAGUGACGCAGCAUGUUUGGCAGAUAAUUUCUUGCUAACACACAAAUUUUCGACCACGGGUAUAAAAUCAAAUAUGUUUCCUUCUCGCGGCAACAGCCUUGCAUUUGACAAUAAAUGUCUGCCACCUCCUAGGCAAUUUCAGGGACGAUAUCCAGGCAAUGAUUUUAGCUCUUUCAACAACAAACCACGCAAUGGACCGCCAGAAUCUUGGCGUAGACCAUCACCAUUUAAGUCAAUUGUUUGUGAUUAUUGUAAACGAAGUGGUCACACAAGGUCUGAAUGUCAUUCGCUUAAAUUUAACAGACCACCACCAAAACCAACACGUUUUAUUUCUUCGUCAAACACGAAACCAGAAUUUCAUAGUUUAUACGAGCGGCAGCAACAACCAAAGCAACAUGUCGUUGAGAGUAAACAAUAUAUUCACAAGGGUCAAUAUAUUGACCCUAGUAUGGACACAUUUAAGCCAUUUAUAUUUGAUGGUUCUGUAUCGCUCUCAAAUGACCAAUCAAAUGUUUAUUUACCAAUCAAGAUAUUGCGAGAUACAGGUGCUUCACAAUCGUUGAUACUAACCAGAACAUUACCAUUUUCUACAAAUUCGUAUUCGGGCAAAAAUGUUUUGAUAUGCGGCGUUAACUCCAAAGACUAUCGUUCAAUGGUGACAGGCGAUGUUUCCUUAGGCGUGAUUGAGUCUUUACCUUUUGAUGGGAUACAUUUGUUAUUAGGAAACGAUUUAGCUGGCGAUAAAGUUACAGUUAACCCAAUUUUAACAAACAAACCAUGUCUUUCUCAACAGCCUGAUCCGGUUGAACAAGUUAUUCCAGAUUUAUAUCCUUCAUGUGCGGUUACUACAGCCAUAAAAAAACGGCAAGAUCAUGAGAUAGAUAAUGUGCGAGCAGAUGAAAUUGACAUGUCUGACACUUUUCUUUCAAAAGUAUCUGAAAAUUUGGAUGCAAAUGAUAAUCAAAGUAGUUUUUCAAAAUCUAGCCCUAUUAGAGAGCAACAAAAUGAUCCUGAGAUUUCUGCGCUUUACCAAAAGUCUUCAGACGAGAUGGAUGCCACAGGCGGUCCUGUGUGCUAUUUUAUUAAAAACGGAGUGUUAAUGAGGAAAUGGCGACCCCUUUAUGUUUCUGCCGAUAACGAAUGA